AUGUAGCGCGUCCGAUUGUGACUCUGGAUAACUAAACCCCAUAUCAAAUUAAAGCUUAUAGAGCUGGCUAUCAAACUGUACCAAUAAUUUAGAAAUAAAAUGAAUUGUCCAAUUUUUCACGACCUCUAAAUGUGAGCGUCUAAAUCACCGUUUGAAAGCUACAAAUCAAGGGAAUUUGUUCGUUUGCCCUAAAAAUUUGGGCAGUAGCUAGGUUGACAUAGAAACAGUUACUAAAACAUGUCUUUUAUUUCCGACUAUUUGUUUUUCGCGGUAGCAUUAACUGUGAUAAAGAGAAAAACGAAGACAAACUCGACAGAAUGACCUAUAAAAUUACCUUAUACCUACUGGACUGAAACUCCAUUUAGACCUACUGCCUUAACAUACACAGGUGUACAGACUGUGCAGUGCUGCACUAGCUUUGAAGUUUCCGGUGUUCUCGUAAAGAACACCAUUCACCGUGCCGAGGUGUGUCAUUGUUUAAACAGGAGGCCAGCUGGGAUAGAGAAGAGUUCAGACAAGUCUUCUUCUCAAAGAUUGAGCCAUACAGCAUGCACAGUACAGCAAUGAACCAUUUUAUUGUUUUCAUCUGUUUAGUUGCGUCCAGGGAAGCUGCUGGGAGGUAGGGACUUAUUUGCAGCAUUGAAGAAAAGAAGAAAUGAAAAAAAGGCAAAAGAAAUGACGCGACAUUGGCGUGUAACAAAAACAUGGAAAACUUAAGACUUAAACACAACUAUAUCUUAAAAGUAACGAAAAUUUCUUAGAAACUAAGUUAAGGACGAAUCUUCUCAAUACGACGAGUAUUUCGUCGUUCGUAGUCACGAGCCACGCCAAAAUAUGUCGUUCAAAAUUUUUAUAAGUUUAAUCUGUUCUUAUAUAGCUCCUUUAUUAAAACCAAAGGACGGUCAUUUUCUGGCCUAACAGUUUGGUUCUAGCUUAUAAAAUUUAGCACAAUUAUUUCAUUUUAUUCUGGUAAGUUCAGAUUGGCCAUGUUAGGGAGUCAAUCGAAAAAAUUCUAGUGGCAAGAAUUCGAUCACUAGAAAAAUGGGGUGGAACUCGCAGACAUGAAUUGCGCGUUCGUACAAGGAAAAGGAAUUUGUGCGGCUCCUCCAGGAUGCUUCGACGUUCAACAUCCAUUCAAUAACAUUUUCAAUUUCUUUGUCUUUUAUAGCUGAACUUGAAUGUGAAGACAGUUUUUAAGGGUUAAAUAUCAUAUCGGCCUUCAGCUUUGGCUACCGAACAUGUCCAAUGCUUGUGAGAAUGUCUGUUCAGUUAUGCUUCAAGCAUAAGUGACGCCUAAUCAUUUAGGGCAUUUAUAGCAAAAUCCACGAAGUGUUUUCAUUUGCAUGCCAAAGCUCACCAAUGAGUAUAGUUCACCCCUUUCUGAAAUAUACUUUGUCUUUAAACGUGUUCAACGAAAAUGUUUCAUGCUUGCGCCACUUUUGAUUUUCAGAAGUCCUUUAGCGGCUGCCUCGAGCCAUGGUUUUAGGGAAAAGCGCUCCCUUCCAGCACGCCAGCUUUUGGUUGGCUACUGGGGACAAAAUGCUAUUGGAACAAGAGUCAGCCGACAAUACUGGGAGAAGGACCUGCGCUACUUCUGCAAUAAUCACAAGUUUGAUGUCUACUUGGUGGCAUUUGUACACCGGCUCUUCAGGAAUAACAGGAACAGAGACCGAAUUCCUGGAAUGAAUUUUGCCCAUCACUGCAGCUACGCACCGGACACCCAGAACCCUGAUGCUUUUGAGUGCGCUACUAUCGGCGGUGGGAUUAGAGAUUGUCAGAAGCUUGGUAAGAAAAUGUUGAUAUCUCUUGGCGGGGAUACCUGUGAUGGCAGCCUUGGGAGUGCGGAAAACGCAAAGAAACUUGCAUACUACAUAUGGAAUAUGUUCCUUGGAGGAAAGGACAUGCAGGAUAAAAGGCCAUUUUUGUGGACAGUAAUGGACGGUGUCGAUCUGGAUAUCGAGAUAGGAAGUCAUAAAUACUACCCAGACUUUGUUCGUGAGAUGAGGCGGCUUAUGAAUACAGACAAAAGUAAACAGUACCUGAUCACAGCUGCUCCCCAGUGUCCAUUUCCUGAUAAAUGGAUGGGACCUCAGAUAAAAGGCUCUGCACUAGAAGAAUAUGGCAACGAAUUUGACUACUUGUUUAUUCAGUUCUACAACAACUACUGCUAUCCUGGAGAUCANAGGACAGUAAUGGACGGUGUCGAUCUGGAUAUCGAGAUAGGAAGUCAUAAAUACUACCCAGACUUUGUUCGUGAGAUGAGGCGGCUUAUGAAUACAGACAAAAGUAAACAGUACCUGAUCGCAGCUGCUCCCCAGUGUCCCUUUCCUGAUAAAUGGAUGGGACCUCAGAUACAAGGCUCUGCACUAGAGGAAUAUGGCAACGAAUUUGACUACUUGUUUAUUCACUUCUACAACAACUACUGCUAUCCUGGUUUCCUAACAUUAAAUACAAGAUAA